CUUCCAAGACCAGGCUUAGGGUGUGUAGGGGAGAAGUCCAUCCUGGCAAUGAACUCACUGUGCUUUCCUGGUGGGGACGGCCCCCCACCUCCUGCGUCUGCACGUGUUAAAGUCUGCCUAUUGCCAUGAAGCCAACUUCUCAAAAGUCCUUGUGAACCUUGGGCUCCUGAAUUUCAAAGACGAUCAAAGAUAAGAUGUGCAGGCUCCCUUCUUUGCCCAGGAGGCCCCUCCUCUCCUCCCACUCUCCUUGCCACUCCGGAUCUGAUAAAUGAGGGAAAAUACUUCCGUGCUUGGUGUGGAGGCUGUCACUUUGUCAUCUCUAGUGGAAUUCUAAGAAUUUUCUGAAGAAUCAAUCUGGAUACUGGAAUUAUCAGAUGACUUCCAAAUAUUUUCUCCCACUAUCUCUAGGUGCUGAACUGCUUCUCCGGCACAUGGCAGGCCUUGCGACCCUUGGGGCUAGCCUCCUGCUUCUGACCCUAUGUGCCCACCGCAUUGACCCUGCAGGCUCUGUGCCCAUCCCCUCUUCCUGCUGCAUAUCCUUCAUUUCCAAGAAAGUUCCUCAGAACCGAGUGGUUAGCUACCAGCUGUCCAGUGCGAGUGUCUGCCCUGUGGCAGGAGUGAUCUUCACCACCAGGAAAGGCCAGAAGUUCUGUGGCGACCCCAGGCAUCCCUGGGUCCAGAAGUACAUGAAGAAGCUGGAUGCCAGGCAGAAGACGGCGUCUCCUAGGGUCAGGGCAAUGCGCACCAAAGCCCCAGUGCAGGGGAACCCUGGCAACACCACAUCCAUCUAACUGCCCCCUGGCCCUCCGCCUGGGGCCCGUGAGCCAGCGGUAAGAGGGGGAGAGCGAAUGUUCCUGUUUCCUAACAUCAGUCUGUAAAACGAAACCCGAGGCAGGGGAGGCUGAGCAACCGCUCCAAGCGUCCUGGGCCCCUUGCCUUCCCUGAGCUGGAGGAGAAGAUUCUGGAAGGAAGGGGGUAGGCUUUCUCUGCUUCCCAGGCUCCAUCAGGACCCAGGGGCAUGAGGCCCGACCUGCAGACACACUUGGCCAGCACCUAAAAACUUAGCCUGUAGCUGGCUUCUGUGGGUCCUCUGGGCUUGUGGGACCCUGCGGGCUGACUGUCUGUCUGUCUGUCUGGGUACGGGCAACCUGUCGACAGCUGCAGCUCGUCAUCACAUUGCCGAUGCCCUCAGCUUGUCCCACUUCCAGAAACCCAGAUGAAUAAAAAUCCGAGAAAAUACGGGGCUCCUUUGCCGUAGGCGCCGCCAGAUCCCAGCCUUCCUUGCACGAGUCUCACAAGCUGUACAUAGUGAAGUUUUUAGGGACUCAUUGCCUUUUGUUAUAAAACAGUCCUGGAGGAUCAAUUCCUUUGGGAAGAUAGGGUUUGGAGGAGGUGGUCCGCUUUGUGGAAUGGCCUUCUCUGUGCUGCUUUAGGGACAAAGACCUGCUAUGCCUUUAAAGCUGGUCUUUCCCUACAUUUGAGGAUGGGAAGACGGAGCGGGGACUGUAGGGGGAGAGGGAUUCCAGGGUUUUUUUGGUUUUUUUUUCCCUAUGUAUGAGAUACCAUGUGAUGGAGAUGUCAAGAGUGUGGAAACACUUGCUCUUCUCAAAUAACGAUCCAAGUAAAAUGUGAUUUCCCUUUGAA